UACAGCUCAUCUCGUCGCUACACACUACUGCUUUCAUAACAGCUGCAACAAUACGUAUGAAGCCCAGGGUUAAAAAAAAAAAAAAAACUCUUUUUGUUUACUACAUCAUGGAUGGGCCACAGUCUCAGUGAACACAAAUGCAGUGUUAAUGCCGUACAGUGGAUUGUCUUCACUCCGAAAGCACAUAAGGACUAACGUUUUUUGCGAAGUGUAAAAAAAAUUAAAUAAAAUGGACACAAAAAGGCGGAAAAUGUUUUGGGUUAAUGCUUCUGGUAGGGCAACCCAUCUGCACUGAGCUACAAUGGAACUCAGGCAAACCCAGUCCUGGAAAUACACUGAGAGCGGUACAUCUGGAUUGGAUUACUGGACUUGACAAGAAAGAGGGGUCGAGAGCGUGCGCAGCCUAGCAGAAUGUUCAUGAAUUGCAGGAGGGUGAAAAAAUGGCAUUUUCUACAGCUUGUCUCGAUGUGCUGUGUCAUGUCAGUCCUCAUGGUUUGCUGGGACCAUGUGGACAACCAAGUUGUGAGCCACGUGAAGUCAUACUCCUACCUCUACCUAAUCAACAGCUAUGAUUUCAUCAGCAAAAGCCUCAGCGUUAGCCCAGAGCAAGCCGCUAGGUUUGGUAGCUACCCGUAUUUGCUAAACAACAAGGACAUUUGUAAAGACAAAGACAUCCUGCUUCUUCUCUUUGUGAAGUCCUCACCAGGAAACUUCCGAAGACGACAGGCCAUACGCUCCACUUGGGGCAACGAGUCCUACAUAAGACACAAGCUGGGUGUUAUAAUAAAAGUAGUGUUUGUAAUGGGAGUUCAUCCUGAUGUGCACACUGAUAGCCUGCUGCAGAAAAUAAUGCACAAAGAAUUGUUCAAGGAGCACAUGAACCAUGGUGACCUGGUUCAGCAGGACUUCCUUGACACAUUCCACAACCUCACUGUAAAACUACUACUCCAGUUUCGCUGGAUGCAUGAGAACUGCGUCCACACCCACUUCCUCAUGUCUGCUGACGAUGACGUCUUCAUCCAUUUGCCUAAUUUGGUGCGCUACCUUCAGGACCUCAGAAGACAGAAUGUGCGAAAUCUUUGGGUUGGCCAUGUGCACAGGGGGUCGCCUCCCAUUCGACGCAGGGACAGUAAGUACUACAUGCCCUUCGAUAUGUACCAGUGGUCGUCCUACCCAGAUUACACCGCGGGGGCGGGAUACGUUGUCUCUGGCGACGUGGCAGCCAAAAUCUAUCAGGCCACGCUAUCUCUGAAUGCCUCUAUUUAUAUUGAUGAUGUCUUCAUGGGUAUCUGUGCCAUUGUAGCAGGCGUCUCACCUCAGGAACAUGUUUAUUUCUCGGGUGAGGGGAAAACACCCUAUCACCCGUGCAUCUAUGAAAAAAUGAUCACCUCUCAUGGACACGAGGACGAUAUGAAGUAUCUGUGGGAGGUUGCAACCGCCCCACAGGUAGAAGGUAUUUCAUCUGGACUGGUUGGGAAACUCUAUUGUACAGCUAUGAAAAUGAAGCUGCUUUGUAUGCCAUACAUUAGAAACACGUAUUCAUGUCUGGCAGCUUUUACAUGAUGCACUGUGAGCUUUAUGAAGUCCGAGUAUUCAGUAUUUUUAUUUUUAUUUUUUUUUACUUCUGCUUUAAAUGUUAAAUAUUUUGUCAUUUCCCAAUAAAGUUAAAAGCUAUGCACCCUAA